AUGAAAGUUUUGGUUUUCGUAUCAGAUCUUUGUAUCGUACCCAUCGAGACUUCCCCUCUCACAUAUGCAAUUGGUGGUUCCUUAGUUAUGGUUGAAAACCAUCCCUCUAUUGCUCUGGCAAGCUUGUGGUGGCGUCAUCAUCAACAAUCGUGCCAUUCUUACUGCCGCCCACUAUUUACAUGUAGUGGUGACAACGUGAAAUCGUGGCGCAUCCGUAUAGACUCGAGCUUUACUAAUACAUGGGGACAAGUGCAUUUAAUCAACCGUUACAUUGCUUAUACAGUUCCAGAAUCUUGGACCAUAUCAUCGGUAUCCUGCACUCUGUCACCGCCUUUAUUUCCAACAAUGAAACGUACUCUGGCUCCAUAG